AAAAUUUGAGGUCUUUAAAUUAUUCUGAGUUUUUAAAUUUUAGAGUACUAUUGUUGGCCUCAUCAUGAACAAGCAAACACUUUUUGUUUUGUUGUUGGCGUGAAAGACAAAAAAUCAAGCAAGCCAUUUGGAGGAAAUAUGGUAAUUGAUAAUUUGAAAUGGAAACUUACUCUUUAGACCCAUUCGAAUUUUGAGCUUGAGCGACGCUGAUCGGUCAUCGGCGUUUCUUUUUGUUUCUUUUUAUCCGGUUGAAAACAGAUCGCUCUUUACUCAAGGCGGGCGGUGCUUCGUUUGCGAUUGAUCAGCAAAGAAAGAUGAGUGAAACAUUGAGCGGAAGUGAUCCUUCGGUAUCGACGGAAACGCCGCUUAAGAGCGGCAAUGUGUUCGAUGCGAGUAGAAUUGCAGAAGUAAAAUCGUGGCUGACUUCCCAAUUCGAUGCUGUUGGGAAGGACGUCCCUGCUUUAGAGUACACCGCACGAAGCGUUGCGCAUUUGCACAAUAUCGCAACCGCCUCCCAGGCCAAAAAUCAAGCCGCUGGAAUUGUGGCUAAAGAUUUCCGUCAAAAAGCUGCUGAAUUUAGGUCUCAAGCUGCUAGGAUAAGAGAGAUAUUAGAGAACGUGGGAUUGGGCCAAGAGAGCUUAACCCCGAAUGUGGUUUCCUCCGCACAAGUCCUUGCUAGCACGUCAAAUUUGUUGAAUAUUAGAGAUACCGAAUUGAGUAGCUUUCUUGUAGCAAUAGCAGAUCUAUCUCUAAGGAAAACAGCAGUUGAAGAGAAAAGGGCUAAAGUGCAGCAGGAAUCAAAAGCUCUUCUCGAUUAUACUCGAAAGGCAAUAUCAAGAUUGACUUAUUUAAAAAGAACACUUGCACAGCUGGAAGAUGACAUUUCUCCCUGUGAAGCACAAAUGGAAAACUGGAAAACAAACCUCACAAUUAUGGAGUCAAAAGAGAGACAAUAUUUUCAGCAGUAUUCUAAUUAUAAGGCAAUGCUCAACCGUGUUGGCUAUACCCCGGAGGUGAGUCAUGGAGUGCUGGUUGAAAUGGCAGAGCACAGAAAGGAUUUGGAGAACAAAACAAAACCCAUUCUCGAUACCUUGAGAAGCUACCAAGACCUGCCCCCUGACAAAGCAUUGGCCGCAUUGGCGAUAGAGGAGAAGAAAAGACAGUAUACUGAUGCAGAGAAGUACCUUGAUGAUAUCUUGCAGUCAGCUCUUGGUUCCUCUGAUUGAAAUCAAAUCAAGUUUCUUCAAAGCACAUUGGUAGGCAUCAUUAGUACUUGCGAAGUAUUUAAGAACACAAGGCAAAUUCAGUUUUCCACUUUUUUCCUACUUAUAGUCAAAAGCUGUGAAGGAUGUAUGGUUUUGGCUAAGUUUUAAUUAGCCGCCAACUUGCAAGUGAUAAUUUAUAUUUAUGAUGAUAAUUUUAAA